CGCCAAGGCAAGGGGCUCAGAACGUUCUGCGACACCCAAGCCGAGGAGGUUCCUGCUUCAACAGUGAUUGGACGGAACCCACCCCCUGCUCGGGCCCACCCGUUGCCUCUACACCUCUCGCCAGCAUCCUCACCACAGACACCGGUAUCGCCGCCGCCGCCCUGCCAUGGCUUCGUCUCCUUCCCAGGUGCGCCAGAACUACCACCAGGACUGCGAAGCGGCCAUCAAUCGGCAGAUCAACCUGGAGCUCUACGCUUCCUACGUGUACCUCAGCAUGUCCUACUAUUUUGACCGUGAUGACGUGGCCCUGAAGAACUUUGCCAAGUACUUCCUUCACCAAUCUCAUGAGGAACGUGAGCAUGCAGAGAAGCUUAUGAAGUUCCAGAACAAGAGGGGCGGUCGCAUUUUCCUGCAAGACAUUAAGAAACCAGAUCGUGAUGACUGGGAGAGUGGACUGACAGCAAUGGAGUGUGCUUUGCACUUGGAAAAAAAUGUGAACCAAUCACUGCUGGACCUGCACAAGCUGGCAACUGACAAAAACGACCCACAUUUAUGUGAUUUCAUUGAAACCCACUACCUGGAUGAGCAGGUCAAGUCCAUCAAAGAGCUGGGUGACCAUGUGACCAACCUGCGCAAGAUGGGGGCGCCAAAAUCUGGAUUGGCUGAAUAUCUUUUCGACAAGCACACUCUGGGAGAAAGUGACAGUGAAAACUGAAAGCCUUUCCUGAAAAACAAGUGGGACUCCUGCAUCUUCAGCUGUGCAUGUUUCUUUGGUUUAUCCAUUAACAUUGUCCAUAACUGUAUACAUUUAAUUUUUGUCCUUUUAUGUUGUAUCUCAUGCUUAAUAAAGUGAUUUGGUUCAAAUUGC